CACUUACGGAAGGAGGAACACUCAACGCAAAACAACGAAGCAUCAAAAGCAACAACAAUACCCAUUGAUACACUUAAAUAUAUAUUUACCUACAUACACAUACAUACAUACUUAAAUAACUUAAGCGGUUUCGUUGUCAAUAGUCACAAAGCCAAAGUCAAGCCGCAAUCAUGUAUGGCAUGGUUCUUGAGUCCGUUCAACAUUUCAUUCAAGAGGAAUUUGGUGAAGAUAUUUGGCGGCAAGUAUGCCAAAUUAUCGAUUGCCGCCACAAUACCUUCAAAACGCAUCAGAUAUAUCCGGACACACUAAUGCCCGAUAUAGCUGCCGCAUUGUCUGCGCUUACGGGGAAAUCUUUCGAUUGGUGUAUGUCCUUCUUUGGCAAUUGCUUUGUGCGCUUCUUCACCAACUUCGGCUAUGAUAAGAUGAUACGUGCGACGGGUCGCUAUUUCUGUGAUUUUUUACAGUCCAUCGAUAAUAUACAUCUCCAGAUGCGUUUUACAUAUCCGAAAAUGAAAAGCCCCUCAAUGCAGCUAACAGAGGUAGAUGAUGAUGGUGCGGUGAUGGUGUAUCGCAGCGGACGUACAGGGUUUUCGAAAUACUUGAUGGGCCAGUUGACGCAAGUAGGACGCGAAUUCUAUAAUUUGAAUGUAAAGUGUUCGGUGAUUGAAAGUCAAAAUGACAUAAAUGGUGGUAUUGCUGGGCCCAUUAAAUUAAGCCACGAACCAUUGACGGUGAUUGUGAAAUAUCGUUUGGACUUUGAUAAUCGGGAAUAUAUGGCAAAGCGUGUUAAUGUCGUGGCCCAUCCAACGCAACAAAUAUUACCAAAAGUCAAUAUUGACAUAUUUCUAGAUCUUUUCCCCUUCACUGUUUUACUCAAUCGUGAUAUGGUCAUUUCGUCGGCAGGUGAAAAAAUCGUUGAUACUUGGAUACUUCAUAACCAGGGCAAGAGCCCCUCCCAGUUUCUUGGCUCUCAUCUCAUGGACAUUUUCAGAUGCCGCCGUCCCAAGGACAUCAAGAUCAGUUGGGAUCAAAUUAUACAAAUGCGUUAUGUGCUUUUUGAAUUCGAACUAUUGCGCACUGGCCGCAAUCAGGCAGCUUACGAUGCGCUUAUGGAUCACAAUUUAGAAAAGGAGGUGAAUGAAGUUUUGAAUAGUAGUGAGGAAAACUUGUUGAAUGUCGACGCGAAGGAAGAUAUCGAUCCACUAACUGGUAAACGUAAAAUUUCACAUGGCAACAAGGCGAUAUUAUUGAAAGGCCAAAUGUUUCACCUCAAAGACAUCGAUUCACUUAUUUAUCUGUGCAGUCCACUCAUCGAAAAUUUGGAUGAGCUGCAUGGCAUUGGCCUAUUCCUGAAUGACUUGAACCCGCACGGCCUGAGUCGUGAGUUGGUAAUGGCCGGCUGGCAGCAUUGCUCCAAAUUGGAAAUAAUGUUCGAGAAGGAAGAGCAACGCUCUGAUGAAUUGGAAAAAUCAUUAGAACUUGCCGACUCAUGGAAACGUCAAGGUGAUGAGUUGCUCUACUCCAUGAUACCGCGUACAAUCGCCGAACGUAUGCGUAACGGCGAGGAGGCUAUUUGUCAGUCUUUCGAGGAAGUCUCUGUCAUAUUCAUAGAAGUAAUGAACAUCUAUGCUGGCGAUACGAAUGAUAUACGCGAUGCCAUGACAGCAGUAACUACAUUAAAUACCGUUUUUUCCGCAUUCGACCAAGAAAUAAUUUCACCAUUUGUAUAUAAAGUGGAGACGGUGGGCAUGGUUUAUAUGGCUGUUUCGGGCGCCCCCGAUAUAAAUCCAUUGCAUGCAGAGCAUGCAGGUGACUUCGCUUUGCGUGUUGUAAAGAAGGUCAAAGCUUUAGAGAUACCCGACCUGGCUAUAAGGGUGGGCAUAAAUUCGGGUCCUGUGGUGGCGGGUGUAGUGGGAUUGAAAGUGCCGCGUUAUUGUCUCUUCGGGGACACAGUGAAUAC